AUGCCAGAAAAAGGAAGUCAGGAAAAAAAACACCGCAUAGAGUUGAGAUUUCGCAAGUGCGUGUGUUACAUCUGGCUUCUUUGCUUGCGUGUCACAAAAGCCACUUUAACAGCAGAUGAAUUCUGGGUUAUACAGGACAAAAGCACCCCUCGCAACACCGCAGCACACAGUUGUGCUGCGUUGCGUUAUGUGCGCGACGCUUACACGACGCUAAACAGGUCGUUUCUCGCCCUUUGUGUCAGCCUCUGGGCUUCUCUCUCUCUCUCUCUCUCUCUCUCUGUACUGCUCUGUGUGUGCCCCUCACCCCAGCGGAAUUUGAUGAUGAUGCUGAUGAUGAUGACAAUGCAGCAGAGCGUGUUGCCGAAGAGGUUUCUAGGAAAAAAAAAGAAUCAGAGAGACGCAAGAAGAACAAGCAGAAGAAGAACCGAGUUUUUAUCAAAUUGUAGGAAGCAAGAAAAAAAAUUGCUAGAGGUUAAAAUAUAUAUAAAGGGACCUCGAAUAUUUAAUAUUGUUGUUUGUGGUGUCUUCUGA